AUGGCCUCGUUGGCUAAUUUCUCGAUCGCUCCAGCUGCGAGCGUUACGCAUGCAGAAACAAACUCGCCGGCGACAUGGCGUGAGGCUUUGCAAUCAGCGACGCCCACACCACCCUCGUUCGAACUUAUCAAGACGCUCGUUUACAAGCCAAAGACAGCGAAAACUGCCGUGCCCGUGCCAGUUGUCGUGAUCGCGCGCGAUGACACAGAAACCAGCUCAUCGGCCCUCGCAAAGAAGCUCGAGGAACUUCUUGAUGAGUUCUUUAAACUCGAUAAAAACUCUCUUUCACUCCUUGCUCUCGACAAGGAGUCGUUCCCAAAGGUGGCCACCGUGGUCGAUAGCUCGAUCGCAUCUACACCAGAUACCGCCUACGCCGUUCAUGCGCUGUCUUCGAGCUCGACCAUCUUCCUGUCUGGCAAAGAUAUUCUCGCAUACCUGAAGAGCCUCGAGACCGACGAGCUCAAGGUUCAAGAAGUCGAUUUUGCAGCGCUCAAAACGGAACAAUCUACCUGCUGCCCCUGUCUGUGGGAAAGGGAGGAUCCCAAGAUCGAGGGUGCCGUCAAGAUUGCUAUUGGUGUCAAGAAAGAAGUGGACUUUUCGGCUUGGUAUCAAAACGUUUUGCUCAAGGCGGACAUGUUGGAGUAUUACAGUGUCAGCGGAUGCUAUAUCCUUCGUCCCUGGUCAUACAGCAUCUGGGAGGAGAUCCAGGAUUGGUUUAACAAACAUAUCAAGGCUAUUGGGGUACAGAACGUGUAUUUCCCCAUGUUCGUCUCGGCGAAGGUGCUGGAACGAGAAAAAGAUCAUAUCGAAGGUUUCUCUCCAGAGGUCGCGUGGGUCACGCGAGCUGGUUCUUCUGAGCUCGAAGAACCCAUCGCUAUCCGUCCGACCUCCGAAACGGUCAUGUACCCUUAUUACGCUAAAUGGAUCAAGAGUCACCGAGAUUUGCCCCUGAAGCUCAAUCAGUGGAACAACGUCGUGCGAUGGGAGUUCAAGCAUCCUCAGCCUUUCUUGCGCACUCGCGAGUACCUCUGGCAAGAAGGACAUACCGCCCACCUGACCAAGGCAGAGGCAGACAAAGAAGUGCUCUAUAUUCUUGAGCUUUACAGGCGCGUAUACGAGGAAUUGCUCGCUGUACCCAUGAUCAAGGGUGUCAAAUCCGAGAAAGAAAAGUUUGCGGGUGCGCUCUACACGACCACCGUCGAGGGCUUCAUUCCUGCGAGCGGGCGAGGUAUCCAAGCCGGAACUUCGCAUUGCCUUGGACAGAACUUUUCGCGUCCUGAGAUGUUCAACAUUGUGGUAGAAGACCCGAACGAUCCUAGUGGCCAGGGCAAGUUGUAUGCAUGGCAGAACUCGUGGGGCUUGUCCACACGUACGAUCGGUGUGAUGGUGAUGGUCCACGGAGAUAAUCAGGGACUCGUUCUCCCCCCGCGGGUCGCAUGCGUGCAGGUCGUCGUCGUUCCGUGUGGAAUCACGGCAAAGGCAAGUGACGCUGAAAGGAACAAGAUCAAUGAAGCUUGCGACGAGCUCGCCAAGUCGCUUGUAGAUAUCGGAGUCAGAGCCAAGGCUGACUUGAGGGAGGGUUAUACCCCCGGUUACAAAUUUAACGACUGGGAACAAAAGGGAGUUCCGUUGCGGCUUGAAAUCGGACCGAAUGAUCUUGUCAAACAGCAAACGGUGUCGGUCCGCCGUGACACGGGUGCGAAAGCGCCCAUUCCCCUAUCGGAGCUCAAGACAACUGUGCCAACAUUGCUGGAUACAAUUCACAAGGACAUGUACACGAAAGCGUUGAACGAGUAUAACUCCCGACUGAAGGAGGUGACUCGUUGGGAGGACUUCGUUCCUACGCUGGAUAACAAGUGCAUCGCGGUGAUACCAUGGUGUGAGGAGGAAGCAUGUGAAGAUGACAUUAAAGAAAGGAGUGCCAGAUCUGCCGAGCCGCAAGAUGAGCGGGCUCCGUCUGCAGGAGCGAAAUCGCUGGCGAUUCCAUUUGAUCAAGAUCGGUUCACCCCUCUCGAGCCUGGAAAGACAAGGUGUGUUGGAUGCGGAAAGGAUGCAAAGCGCUGGACGAUGUUUGGGAGGUCCUACUAG